GCGGCGUUGGUUUAGAUCUAGAUGGAAGCUCGUCGGAUCUUUUCCAAUUAAUCUCGCACAGUUGGUGAUGUUAGCAUUUUCGCUGGAGAAAGAAACAAGUUGACAGUCAACAUGUCGGGGUCAAAGCUGAAGGAGGAAGGCCUUGAUUUGAAGUCUGACUUCGCAAACAGCAUUCAGGAUCUACCCAAAAGCCAAGCUUCACCACUCAAAACCAAGAUGUUGCUCUCAGUUCAGUUUGAGAAAGUUCACAUACCAAGAAGUAUCAAUUCUGUCUACCCCGAGAUGGAUGAACUACUGAAAGACAAUCAUUUGAAAUGUUCCAUAUCAGGUCAAAUGUUUGACAAGCCCCUGCUUGGUAAAUCUGAAAAUGUGCAAGGGUGUGCUAUUGGCAAUGGUGUACUCGCAAUGCAGGAUGGAAUUAAGUCUUGUAUUGACGGGGGAUGUGAUCAAAACUCUGGAACUAUGAAUUCUGGACUUGAGUUAUCGACACAUGGCAGUGACAACAGAGGGCUGUGGAGCAUUGAAUCCUCGAGUUGUUUAGAUGUUGUGCCAAAUAGUGUGGGGAAGCUGACAUCACCCACCAGUGGUAGACGGCAGAAACGCAAAAUGGAAAUGGUUGUCAUGUCUGAUCCCUCAGAAGACCUUUACACAGUUGCCAGUCUUGAUUCCCAGCUGAGUGAUGAAAUGUUCAGAGGUGAGCAAACCAAUGGAUCAUCACAAUUCAAAAGCCCAAAUGUAAGAUUGUUGGAUACAUUUGCCUAUGUAUCCAGACCUGAAACUAAGCAAGUAAAGAGGAGUUCUGCAAUAUCCCAAAAUGCUGUAGUUGAGUGGGAACAGGAAAACAGGGAUGUGGUACUGAGACCAGAAACAUCUGACCAAAGUAAUGGACACGAAAAGAUGCAUGAUUUUGAUUCUGAGCAUUCCAGCAGCUCUUUGGAUAAUUAUGAUGAUGCCAAUGAUUUUAACUGGGAUCCUCAGAAAGAAUUCAUUAAGUUCUUGUGGAAUAAUCUUGAUGAUCAGGACCAAAAGAAGAAUGCAGAGGUUUCUGCCCACAUUGUGAGGAAACAGAGAGCAUCUAUGGAUACAGGGACCGUUUGCACAAAUGGUCUUGGUAUGAACUUUAUUGAAACAACACAGAAUGGCCAGCAUGACCUGACAGAUCCAAUUUACAUCAUGCCUCAGGAGAAAGAUUUGGGAACCACACAGGUAGUUAGAAGUAGAAAAUGUUACAAAAAACAUGUCAAAUGUGUUAAGGAGAGUAUUAAUGGCAAACGAGAGGAGACCGAACACACCAGCACAGGGUGUGAGCUUUCAGUUUUGAAAGAAGAGUUGUUAGAAUCUGGAUCUAAUGUUAAGCCUUUGGUUGUCCCCUGCACAAACUGUGACAUCACAUGUAAAGAUAGAACCCUAUUACAUAGGCACAUAAGGCAGCAUGGAGAACCAGUCACCCAAGCGCAGACACUGUCUAUAAUUUGCAGAGAGUGUGGAUGGUCUUGUCAUAAAUCUGCUUCCUUUCCACAGGAUGGGUCUAUCCACAAAGAGGAACUGAAAGAAAUGGUUUGCCCCAAAGUUUUGAAUGCUGAAAAUAAUACUGUCACUUUGACAGAUCCGAGAAACCCAGACACUGUAUCAAAAUCUUGGUCUUCUGGAAAUUCAGACAUCAUUGAAAGCAAUAAUCACCCUCCAUUACCUGGGCAGCACUGUCUUAGUACAUCAUCUUUACUAUUUCAAGAAUUGGAAAGCAGUCCCAGCAGAGGAAAAGGUAGUUCCUCAAACACAAAAAGAAUACCAGACUUGAUUGGAAAAGAAAAAGCUUUACAUAAUCAUAACAAAGGCCUCAAACCAAGACUUCAUACAUCAAUAAAUAUGCUAAUCCCUCAAAACAGAACUGAUCAAGCAAGGCAUGACUAUAGAUCAGAUACUCAAGAAAGAAGAACAAGUAGUUUUGCAAUUUUUUCUGAUUGUAAUGACCACUGUAAUAAAAACAUCAACAGUAAAGAAUGUGAAAACUAUGAACAGCAAAAUAAAGAUGUCUCUUGCCAUACUUCAGAUAAAACUUUCCUGCCACAGCUAAUGGAUAUUAUGGAUAGUACCUCUCAAUGGCAAGCUGACAUAAAGGAUAACCUGAACAUCGGCGGAACACUUAAAAAUAUUAAAAACCUAGAAAUAAAUAGCUCUCUGUCAAAAAAUAUUACCACUCAACUGCAUGAUAUGGAAAUUCAUGAUGGAUCUUUACACUUACCUGUCUGCAAUCACAGUCUACAAAAAGAAGAACUGAACAAUCUAUCUGUCAAGGAUUCACAAAAUUCUGUGUCUGAAAAUGUGAAGAUCAACGGUGAUGUCUCUUCAAUGUCAGAGCCUCUGUCUGAAUCUGAUUUUAGGGAAAAGCUUUGUCCUUACAGUCCAGCAAUGUUUGAAACAGGAGUCAGUCUUUCUGAUCAUACAAGAGGACAUCAAAAAAGGGUCCGGCUGACUACCCAUGCACAGCAUGUAAUUCCAUCUCAGGAAAUGACAUUUCUGGAUAUGCAUUCUAACUCCCACGGAAAGAUUACUUCAGUUCCUGCAGAAAGUAAAGAAGCUUCAGAACAGAUGGAGGAAGUGCAUACAGAAUCACCGACUGAAGUAACCUGCCCAUUAUGUGGGGUAAGGUUUGAUACGAAGAAGGGACUAUCCAAUCAUGUGCGAGGCCAUCUUAAGAGACUGGGAAAAGCAUACUCCACAGCCACCUUUCGAUCUCCACUUGACAUUUUAAAGCAGUUGAUGAGCAAUAGAAAAGAGUUUCAGAAAACUGUCCAGGCUUUCCAUAAGCGGCAAAUUACUUCUAAGAAUUACAGUAGGAAAGAUCCAUUUUUCUUAUCCAUUGAAUCAUUAAGAGAAAAUGAUCAGAAUUGUUGUGAAGUGCUAGUUGAAGGAGUUAAAAAUAAACAGUUUGAGGUUACAGAUUCAGGAAAAUGUUCCCCCUCAAGUGAUUUGAUAGGAAUGCUAAAAAAGCGAAAGUCACACCAAGUGAAGAAUCUCAAUCACACAGCAAGGAAAGCUCUCAAUUUACCACUGCAACAGACUGACUCCCUCUCAGGAAAGAAUUAUUUCAAUGGGAAGGUGUGUGAACAUUGUAAUGCAGCAUUUGAUAGUGGUGUAAGUCUGUCCAAUCACCUUCGGGCAUAUGAAAGACGAAAGAGAACUGCCCUGCGCUAUGGCAAAACAUACGACUGCAAACAAAGGAAGCAGAGGUCUGGGUCCAAGAAAAAAAUCUUUCCUCUACCCUACGCUACUGAGAAAAUGUAUCGACUCACAUGCAGAUUCUGUGAUUUGGUGUUCCAAGGCCCUUUAUCUGUUCAAGAGGACUGGAUCAAGCAUUUACAGAGACACAUCCUUAACACCAGUGUUCCUCAUACUGGGGCAUGCAUGGUUGAGGUGACAUCCUUGCCCAUGGGCCCUGUCAAUGAAAUGAGGACAGAAGGCUCAUUAAUUCUGAAUGAAGUAUUAACUUGAAGAUAAAAUCCCUACAUCCAAAAAGGCACAUAAUGUUUUGGUGUUGCAGCAGUGUUAUUUUCAUUGAUAACACUUUACUUUAGGGAACAUACUGUAUAUUGGCCAUUAAUACAUACAUGAGUGCCUUAAAAGGUUUGCAUUAAACACUGGCCUAAGAUUGAAAAUCAUUAACAGACAUUAUUAUACGGCUCUUCACAAUGCAAGUAGAACGCUCCAUUCACUUGAAUGGGAUUUCCCAACGUUCUACCGGUAAUUAAAUCUGUAUAAAUCACCGCUCCGAAGGUAUAAUGACCGCUGCCAAUGGCAACGGGUCCACUCCGCUAGUUGUAGCGGAAGCCACGAAACGGUAGCCAAGUCAUUGCUAAAGACACAUUGAGUUAAGUUUCUUUUCUCAUUUUGGCAAGUAGCUGUAUAAUAAGCGCGAUAAUGUAUAGCACGCCGGUCAUUAUCGGAAAAUAAUUCCCUUCAGGGCGAAGCAAAACCGUUCUUUUCAUCCUGUCGGGAAUUAUUUUCCAAUAAUGACCAGCGUUCUAUACAUUAUCCCUUACUUUUGUCUUGCUACAUCCUUGAAGUAAAUUGUAUAAAUAGUCUAAACAUAUACUUAGUGACAUACAAUAAAGAAUAAAAUAAAAACAUUAUAGCCAAUAGAUUGGUGAUCAAUGAUGCUUAAAGGUUGGGUAUGGAAUUUGCAAAACGGCCGGCAGAUUUUGAAAAAUCACAACCCAAAUGGUUCCUCCCUCCGAAGAACAUGGACGCGUCGCGCAUUAAUGCACGUCUGUACAGCACUAGUCUCCAUACAAUCGCUCACAUCAACCUCCCCAAGCAGGUUACUUAGCCAACUAGUUUUACAUUCUUUAAUCACCUCCAAAGGGUUAUAGGUAGGCUAAUAGUUCCACAAAUCCCCGAAGGCAGAUGAUUUUAUACAUUAUCGUAAAAGCACCAAUUGGCUAUCGCCCCUUUCUUUCGGAAUUCUAAAACAAUGAUGCUUUUUAAUACACCAAAAUAACAUUUGAUAAAUGAACCUUUUUUCAGUAGCCAUAGGUGUGUAUAUUUGAACAGAAUCUGGUUUGGUUCUUACCGGGGCUUUUACUUCCUGAAAUAUCCAAGUUUAGUGCUGGCCCGGUUGUUCGCGUAUUCCACUGGAGCUCCAAGCAGUUAAGUUUCGGUUUCAGGUUUACAACACUCUUCGAGUCACAGUAAAAUGUAUUUUUUGCUACAUAGCUUAUUUAUUGCGUGGGUGCUUGAGUUUCUGUAGGAAUCCGCUGUCUUAGUUUGUAUAGAAAUGAAGUGACACAUACAACAAGAGGGGAACAGAGAGGACGCAGUAGGCCUAGUUGGUUUCGUUUUAGGACUUGCUGUUGCUCGCAGCUCAACAGCUUUGAAUAUUUGCACGAAAGGCGCGCGGGGGAGGAGGAGGGUGAGGAGGAAGACCGUUAGAUUGACGAAUGAGCUGUGAAAUGAUGGUAGGGGGUCAAGAAUGUGAUUGGCUGGAGUUUUUCAAGCCCUGCCCGUUCCACAGAUGAUUGAUGUGUUUAAUUUCCAUUUCAGUGCUUCCAACUCAGUGGCUAUAAGUGGGUUAGGAAUAGGAUUUCAAAUGAUUUUGCAAAAAUGGCCAAAAAAGCGAAUUCCAUAUCCUACCUUUAAGGAACAUGUCAACUUGUUGAGCUUAUUUGCUAUCUACCCAAGAGUUACUGAAGAUGAUGCCACUAGCCUAGGUUAGCAUAAUUCAUUGAAGUGGGUGAAACCAACUGGCUCAUAGCUCCCAAAAGAGACCAAACAAACUCCCAAAAUUGUCUUAUUUAUUUUGCACCGUGGUAAUUAAGAUAGUGUAACAAUUACUGUUUUAAUUUUAAUUGUCACCAGCAACUGUUACAUCCCUUAUAUUUUGUCUGACUGUUUGUUUUACAGCACUUUGGUCAACUGUGGUUGUUUUUUAAAGUGCUAUAUAAAUAAAUUGAC